AUGGCGAUUGAAAACGGCCACUCCAAUAGACAUGCUAACGGCAAUGGUGCUGUAGCACCUAUCGAUGAGAGCAUCGCCAUCAAAGCCAAUGCCAUCGAAAAAGUUCCUCAGCUGCUAGAGGAAUUAGCCAAGCAGGGGAAAUCUCUCACCCAAGAUGGAGCUCAAAAUCGUCGCCAACUGCUAGAGACGGUUCACUCCUUGUCAUAUGCGCUUGAGACUCCCCGUGAAGCUAUGAUUCGGUAUUGCUGGUCUCAGCCUACUAUCUUUGCUGCUAUUGAGCUAAGCAUCAAUCUCGGCCUUUUCAAGGUGUUGGCUAAAGGUGACAAGCCCAAGACCGCCGUUGAGUUAGCCGAGGCUACUGGUGCUGAACCAGUCUUUUUAAGUCGUAUUUUGAAACACCUCGGAGCCAUGGGUGCCAUUUACGAAGUCGGACCUGAUACCUACCAGCCGACCAACUUUGCUAAGACCUUGACCAUCCAGAGAUAUGCAGACGCUUACCCCUGCAUGACUGAUUGUAUCAACUCAGGCAUUCUAGCGUUCCCUCAAUGGGUUAAGAAGAAUGGCUAUCAAGCACCAACCGAUGGCAAGAAUUCUGCAAUGCAGCUGGGCUUUAACACCGAUCUGCAUUUCUUUGAAUUCCUAGCCACUAACCCUGAAUACCCUGUCCGUUUCAUGAACCACAUGUCAGCCUAUCACCAGGGCCGGCCCAGCUGGAUGGAUCACGGCUUCUACCCUGUCCAAGAACGAUUGGCCGCUGGUUUGGAUAUCAGUGCACCUUUGCUGGUGGAUGUGGGUGGUAGCACUGGCCAUGACCUUCAGGAGUUCCGUCGUAAACGUCCUGAAGUCCAGGGUAAGUUUGUGCUUCAGGAUCUGCCCGAGGUCAUUGAAAAGGCCAAGCUUCUUGUUAGCACUGAGAUUGAGGCGAUGGAGCACGACUUUUUUAAGGAGCAACCAAUCAAGGGUGCUCGUGCAUACUACAUGCACUCUAUCCUUCACGACUGGCCUGACAAUAAGUGCAAGGAAAUCCUAACGAACCUUGCCCAGGCCAUGAAGCCAGGAUACAGCAAGGUCCUGAUCAAUGAGAAUGUUAUUCCAGACAUGAAUGCCGACUGGCAGACAACCUCCCUGGAUUUUAUCAUGAUGACCUUGUUUGCCUCUCAGGAGCGCACCGCGCGCCAGUGGCAAGCAUUGGUAGAAUCCGCAGGCUUAAAGAUUGUCAACAUCAUUACUGCCGAAAAGGGUGUUGAAAGCUUGAUUGAGUGCGAGCUGGCUUGGUCAUAUGAAUUCGUGAUAUUGUUGCAUGUCUACAUAGAAUACAUAGUAUAA